AUGGACGGGAGGAGAGGAGCCGGGCGCCGCGUGUGCUCCGCGCGGGCGCCGGCCCCGCCGCCCGUGCCCGAGUCGCACGUGCAGCCCGUCUACCUGCCCUACCUCACCACGUGCGCCGGCCAGCGCCUCUGCAGCACCUACAGGACCAUCUACAAAGUCUCCUACCGGCUGGUGGCCAGGCAGGCGGCCCAGCCCGUGGCCUCGUGCUGUCCCGGCUGGAGCCGGGAUGCCACAUCCGCGCUCGGAUGCAACAGAGCCGUGUGCUGGGCGCCCUGCCGCAACGGCGGCAGCUGCGUCUUCCCCAACAGAUGCUCCUGCCCGCCGGGAUGGACGGGACCGGCCUGCGAGACGGACGUGGACGAGUGCGCGCGCCGGAGCCACGGCUGCAGCCAGCUCUGCGCCAACACGGCCGGCAGCUACCGCUGCUCCUGCCGCGCCGGCUUCCGCCUCGCCGCCGACGCCAGGGCGUGCGAGCCCAUGGAGCCAGACCCGGAGCCGCGAGCCCAAGGACCAUCCAGUGAAAUGAAGGAAGAAAUGAAAGACUUGAAGGCCAGGAUGGAAGCGCUGGAGCAGAAGCUGCAGUCGGUGCUGGCCCCCUUCCACAACCUCAUGCCGUCGGCGCCGGACGAUGUGGGCACAGACCCCAUCAGCCGCCUCUCCCACUCCCUGCAGCAACUGGACAGGAUCGAUUCCCUCAGCGAGCAGAUCUCCUUCCUCGAGGAGCGCCUGGAGACGUGUUCCUGCAAGAACGAGCUCUAGCCAAGCACCCGAGCUGCUCAUCUCCCGGGCCAGCCCCAGCCGGCAGCCGAGUCACCUCCUCCRCGGGCAGACACAGGGUAGCAGGAGAAGGCUGGUUUUCCGUCAGCAUCUCCACCUUUUCCUCUUCAAAAUCGACGUACCGAAGGUCAUGCAGCUGCUUCCAAACUGGACUUGUAGUCCUCAGCAUCUCACCCCCCUUCUGCUGCAGCAGCAGAGAAUAAAGGUCUCCCCUCG